GUAAAGUGCUCUGCUCAGCUAAAAUUUGUGUAAUUUUACCCGCUUCAGUUUUCCCGGAGUGUUUUUAUUCGACCGGAGUUUCUGCGUCGUCAGUUUCGAUUCUGAAAAGAGCGUGGCCAGCGUGGCCAUUCACCAGGAGAUGCAACAAGUUUAGCAUAAUUUUCAUCCUGCCCACCCCUUUUACUUACACGUCAAGCGUCGUUUUAGGCGAGAUCUUUCCGAAAGGCAAGAGAAAUUGACCCACUUCCCAGGAGCGAUCGCGCGGGCUAUUUUACGGGGUUUUUCUAAGUUGGCACGUCUCGGUUGAUCGCGUUAAGAAUGGCCCUCCGUGCUUCUCGAGCUACGGCUUCUAAGAUGAAGGAGAAAAAGGAGGAAAUUCUGGUGAAGGUGCGGAUGAACGGAGAAAACGAUAUCGAUGUAGUGCCCAUGGAGAAGGAGAUCGACUCGAACUCCGAGGAGGCUCUCUCGGAUAGGCUCGAUUCGGAACCGGAGCUGGUAACGACGUCCGACGGUCGGAUGAGGUUGGAAUUGAAGCGCAGCAGGUGCUGUGGUCGAUGCAAGACGCCCUUUAAAACAGCAGAGGCCCUGAAGGAACACAAAGCGGUAUGCACGGGAGUGCUGGACGAAAUACAGGACGUGAUCCAGAAGGAGCGCAAAGCCGCCAAAUAUGCUAACCCGAGCGAGGAGUUCCGCAAGUACUGCAAUCCGAACCCAGAAAAUCCGUGCUACUGCUGUGGCGAGGACGUAAGCACGGCUCACGUCGGGCAUAUCCGGUGUCGGUUCUGCCCCAAAUCCUUUAAGGCUUACGAGUAUCUCCAUCGUCACAUCAGCUCGAUCCACGCAACAUCGGAGACGUACGCUUGCGCCAACUGUAAUGCCAAGUGUUGCUCCCAGAGUGUCCUGGAUGAGCAUAUAAAGACGCACAACGAGGGUAAACCGUUCUCCUGCAUCACUUGCGGUAAGGACUUUACGCGUCGCUAUCAUCUCGAUCGGCACCUGAAGUUCUCGAACUGUGGCACUGAGCGAAAGGAAACGUUGCCGUGUGACGUGUGCGGUAAGGUUUUCACACGCAUCGACAAUUUGCGCGAGCACUUGCGAAGUCAUAUGGGGCAGAGUGUGCGCAAGCGGGACUACCAGUGUCCACAUUGUCCUAAAUCGUUCUACGGGUCGUCGCUGCUCAACAUACACAUCCGGACGCACACGGGUGAGAAACCGUUCCCGUGUGAUCUCUGUCCGAGCUCGUUCCCCUCGACCGGGGCGCUCCGGAAGCAUCGACGCAAGCACACCGGAGAACGACCGUACCGGUGUGACGAGUGUUCGGCAACCUUUGCGGCCAGGGAAACGCUCAAUCGGCAUCGCAAGACGCAUACGGGCGAUAAGCGGCAUGUCUGCACGGAAUGUGGCAAGCGUUUCAUCCAAGCAACCCAGCUUCGCACGCAUAUGUUCAAGCACACCGGAAUGAGUGACUUCAAAUGUGGCCAGUGUGAUAAGAUGUUUGUGCGUAAAAACCAGCUCACCGAGCACGUCAUGCUCGUGCACCAGGGCAAGGAACCAUUUCAAUGCGACUACUGCGACAGGGAAUUUUUGCGCAAGGAGGAUUUACAGCGCCACAUGGUUCAACAUACUGGAGAGAGGAAUUACGAAUGCCCAACUUGUUCGAAAACAUUUGCAGUAAAAACAGCCCUUUCGGUACACAUGAAAACGCACAUCAUACAGAAACCGGUCAAAUGCAGAAUCUGCCAUGGAUCCUUCAUACGAAACGAUUGCCUCGUGCGCCACAUGAAAGCGAAGCACCGUGAGGAUUGUCAAGAGUUACUUGAGGAAUCAGACGAGUCUCCGGUCGCUGGAGUAGCCAAUGAAGCAACGGUUGAGAUCAACGGUGAAGUCUAUCAGAUCACGUCGAUGGAUGAGCAGGAGGCCGAACCGAUACUUCAUGAUGAGGUGGAGGUUAUGGAGCUGGACGUUGUUGCUGAGGAAUCGGUCGUAACAACGGCAGACGCUACGAUUAUAGCGACAGCGGAUGUCGAUGAUUCCAACAAAGAGUGUAGCGGUACGAUGCUCAAAGCUGUUCCCGAGUUCGUUAAUGUUAAGCAGGAGUCUACCGUGGUUACGGCGAAAAAGAAAAGAAUAGAAUUGCAAGAAAGAUCAAAUCCUAAAACGAAAGCAGAGAUCACGCCAACAACUUCUUUGCCCGCUGCAAAUAAGAUUCGCAAUGUACGAACAACCACAGUAAAAGUGGUUCAGAAAACGGCUGCAUCUUCAUCUUCGGCUAUCAAGCCCGAGAAGGUUGAACCAGUUCGCGAAUCGAAUUUGACGAAGGCACGCGCUCUGAAAUCUCGAGCAGUACCGGUAAAACGAUCACGACCGGAUGAUGAUGGCAUACCCAUCUUUCUUAGCGAUGCAAUGUUGAUGGAGAAGAUUUCGGAACUACUGGAAAUGUUGAUUGGCGAAGAAAUGUUGAAGGAGUUCGGUUGGCCAAAAGCGCCCGUCGAUGAGGUGCUGGUUCGUGUGAUUUCUCGUUGUGGUCAACAGCCGGCUAAAGGCGAGGAAGUGGGUGAUCAUACGACGCGUAUGCGUGAGAACACCAAAAUCCUGUUCUCCGUGACGAUGGAUGAUGGUGACGUGAAGGCUCUGCUUAACAACCAUACUGUGGACGAGGUCAUCAUGCAUGUCCUAAAAAGCAAAUAGACGCUCCUGGAUGCUGCAAAUGUGUGCAGCUGGAAACAGUGGCCUUCUUCAAACAAGCACACGAAUGAGAUGUGUUAAAAC